GUUGGUCAACGUUUUACCAACAACGGUGUUUUUCUGAGCAGUUGCCCUGUAGAUUGCAGCCAUUUCUUUCAUCCGCUCGUCUCCCGCGAUCCAGCGUUGUUUGAGAGAAGUAUCUCCUGUCCGUAACACAAAGUUCGGAGUAAACACAGGUCACAUUUUUCUCUGUUUUUUUUUUCCUCGGCUGGCUUCCUUGCCAGCUGAAUCUCGUCGGGAUGGACCCAGCAAGCCGAUACCAAGUGUUGCACAAUGAGGAUGACUCUUCGGAGGCCUCCACCAGCGAACAGCAGCCGUGCACUUCUGCCGCGGCCCAGGCCGGUACGUCCGCCCAGGCCCAGGCCAGCCCGGCCCCUGCCUCAUCAGCAGGAGAGGCGUCGGGCUCAAGGACUCAGGGGGAGGCGGAGGCACCCCCACCUCCUUACGCGUCCAUUGACCUGGGAGCAACUGCCGCUACACCUGAGACUAGUUUCCCGGGCGACUUCCCAGUGCCUCCACCCUACAGCGUCGCCACCUCACUGCCCACAUAUGACGAAGCGGAGAAGGCCAAAGCAGCCGCCAUGGCUGCCUCCACUGUGGAGGUGAUGCCACGGGAUGAUGAAUUCCCCCCCAGAGAUGACUUCAGUGACGCUGAUCAGCUGCGAGUUGGAAACGAUGGAAUCUUCAUGCUGGCCUUUUUCAUGGCCUUCCUGUUCAACUGGAUCGGGUUCUGCUUGUCCUUCUGUUUGACCAACACCAUCGCAGGACGCUACGGGGCCAUCUGCGGCUUCGGCCUUUCCCUCAUCAAGUGGAUUCUCAUCGUCAGGUUCUCCGACUACUUCACCGGCUACUUCAAUGGUCAGUACUGGCUCUGGUGGAUCUUCCUGCUGCUCGGUCUCCUGCUGUUCUUCAGAGGGUUCGUUAACUAUCUAAAAGUUCGCAACAUGUCCGAGAACAUGGCCACGUCUCAUAGAACACGCCUCUUCUUCCUCUACUAAAGGUCUCCACACCAUCACCAUUCCUUUUCAAUGUGAAGUUCCUUCCCUCCCCCUCGAAUGACCUGACUGAGAGGCCUUGCAGUGAAGAGAGGAGAAGGGGAAGGAAUGAAGGAAAGAAAGUAGGUAGAAAGUGUCAUUAAAGGAAAAACUUCUGAACCGAGCCGAAAAAUACAUCUCUGAUGACAACGUCUCUUCCCUGGCUUUGUUUUUGUUUUUCAUUUUCCUUUGAUUCAAAGCUCCUAACACAGUUGUGUGAAACACCGAGCCAACGUGUGUGUCAUGUCUGUUUAGAGCAGAAGUGCUGUUGACAGACAUAACUGAAGCCGACAGAUGUUCCGAAAUCCGAUUUUACAGUUACACUUACUCAGAAACGCUAAAUGAAAGCACAAUGAAACAAUUUCAAUUAAAAACAAUGUCUUAAAAGUAGGAAAUAUGUGCAAAUAAUUUUGGUAAUCGGAGUCAGCUCGUUUGAUGAUAUUGCUUUGUCCGUGUAAACACACAGUGACAGCACUGUUAUCAGAGAAAACCUUGUAGUCUUUAAAGGGACAUUUGCACGUUUAAAAUAGAAAAUGUGUAGGACUUGGAAACCUAUUCUGAGCCUCGGAUUUUGAAAUCUCCCCUCCAACUUUCCUUCGUUUGUACUCCAACUUUUGUGGCUAAGAUCAAGUAAACAAUUCACCUACUGCAGCAAAGAUUUCUGCACAUUGCAAUACAUCUUCAGGAGUUUUAAGUACUAGUUUAACCAUUCCACAUUUUUUAAUUUCAGGGUGUUUUGAAGAAGUCUUACUUUUAGAUGUGAUGUAGCGUUUUUACGCCCUCUUUAACACAAAUAAAAUCUACUUUAGUUGACAGUUUUAUAAUGUGCAUCGUGCUAACAUCUUAGCAUAUGGUCACUUCGGACUUUUUUGUUUUACCGUGACCGGAUGGGGCUCAAAAUAUAACACAGGGCAGAGAACCGCUUGGAGUUUGUUGAAACUCUUUUCAUAAUGUCCAAUUUUGUUGAGACAGACACCCUGACCUUUGAACUUCAAAGUUUUUUUUUUUUUCUUUUAUCUCUGAGGUAUCACACAAAGUUUUUGACACAGAAAACCAGAGGCUUUAUCUGGAGACACCUGUUUGUCAAUCAAAGUAGGUAAAAGCACGAAAGAAGAAAGACUGUAAACCUAAUCUGACAUGUGCACAAACAGUAUCCCAGAAACUCCCCUUCUUUGCCUUUUAGUGAUAACUGUCAUGCUGACCUGACCUAUGCAGUAGCAAUUUUUUUUUUUUCUCCAUCAUGACAUUUUUGAAGAGGAAGUCUACAUUUACCUCAGUAGUGCUUGACAUUCUCUCUGUUUUGAAUCAAAGAAAAAUGAAAAGAAUGUUUCCAAAAUGCCUGCACAACUACCAGAACUCUACCUUAUCUGUUCAUGUUUCACUGCAUACGGUAAAAAUAAUGAUACCUAUUUGGGCUCAACCUAUCUCCUUAUUCACCGGUAAAACAUCAUAAAAACCAGUUGUUUUUUUUUGUUGUUUUUUUUUUGGCUCUCUACACUGACCGCCGAAUACGUCUGGCAGAACCGUAUCUUUAAGCUACCGAGGACCACGGCAAAUCAGUGAAAACUCCUUGGAUAAAUCAGUGUUUUUUUUUAGGCCACGCAGGCCGCCCCAGGCCGAUCAGUGGAAAGUGGCCCAGAGGGCAGGAGAACUGCCUCAAAUGCAUCUCCUGCUUCGCUGCUGUGGAAGUGGAAUGAGCAUUUGACAUACAGUACAGUACAGUGCAGUGACGUGCCAGGCUGAGUACGACCUCUUUGGAGUAAAAGAGUCUUAUGCAAUUUAGUUAAUUGUAAUGACCUAGAAUUAUGUACUUUUGGGUGUAGAGUCCUGUGAUAAUGGAAUAGAUGUAGUUUGAAUAGUUUAGUCAUCAGAGAUUGAGAUCCAGUUAUGACACCAGGCUUGGUCCAGACUGAAGUGGUUGUUGAUUUUUACAUAAAGCCGAGGUGCCGACUGAACCAGUGAAGUGACGUGUGUGUGUUUACUGUGCACAUUCACCAACAAAAUUUUUAAUUUAGUUUAAUUACACAUGAAUCAGAGGAAAAUGCAAUAAAACGGAUUACAAAAAACGUGACUGGUUCUGCAUGUAUUGCAUGAUUUAGAGAAACCCAGCACGUGGAUCUCUCUCUGGGAUUUUGGCUUUUGCGAAGAGAUAAGAUUUGAAUUUUCUUCCUUUUUCUUUUCCUGGAGUGAGAAGCUUUUGGUGAUGUAACGUAGCUCCUAUUGAGAAGGUGGCUUUUGUGUGGACAAAACGCGGUUAUUAUGUGAUAAACUGAGAACGCAGAUGUUGCCAUUUCGGUGGCGCGUGCGUGUAAAAGCGAUGAAGGCAGGGGAGACUGUCUGGCACGAAUGGAGCGCGAGUAGCGUGCGUCAUGAAAAUGGAGCCUGACUGGACAAAGAAAAAAGAACCUGCUUUUAGAUUUAAAUUUUUUUUUUUUUUUUUUUGUCAUCCAGAAAAUGAUAUGUAUAUACCAGCUUAUGCCAAUUCAUAAUAUUUGCACUUUGAAGAACUUCUGUACAGUAUGAUUUGUGAAUCUGCUUAACUUGAUGUGGGGUAGAAAAAGAAAAAUGUUGUUUUUAGCCAUCCAAGUUUUUCAACUGGAAUUCUUAAUCAUCCCGAAUGGAUAAUUUGCCUUUUGCACUUUUUAUUUUUCAAAACUGAUAAUAUUGUUAUCGUGUGUCUUGUUUCAUCGCUUUUAGCCUAAACUGUGACAGCUUGAGUAUUGCCAAAUUAAAGGUUUUUUGUUUUGUUUGUUUUUUUUGUUUGUUUUUUGUUUUUGUUUUUUUGGACUCUGUUCAUAUCCCACACAAGCCUCUUGAAGCAAUAUCAAGAUCUUUUAAUGAAUUCAAGCUCUGCUGCAUGAUUUAUCCACCUGAAUGAGUGGGUUAAUAUUAGGAUUAAUCUAGUACAUUUCUUUGUUUCUAAAUAAAUGAAGAGAAAAAUGAGACGGCAGCCGAGCAGUUUUUUUUUUGUUUUGUUUUUUUGUUUUUUGUCUAAAAUAAUCCUUGUAACAUCUUCCAAAAACAGUUGUUAUGCAUUUAUUGUAAAAUUGUAACUGGAAUUUAAUUGACAGAUGAUGUCUUGCCAAAAUGCCAAUAAAGUUCAAAAACCUGC